AUGGGCGACUUUAAAGUCGACUUUGGACAGACUCUUUUCAUGUGCAUUCUGUACAUUACCAUAGGUAAACCAGGACAUAUAAUACUAUUAAUUACCAGGACAAAUUUAGGAACAAUUUCAAUCUUAUGCAGCUUAACUACAAUCACUCUUUAUCUGACCAGUGGAGAUUUGAGGAAAAAGUACAUAUUGUACCUGGUUCUGGACUUUUGUGAACUUUUAGAUGGUAAGUGAGACAUACGUUAAUGUUACAAAAAAUCUGAAAUUUUCAGCAGUGAGUUACGUGUUGCUGGGCAUUGGAAGAGGGCAUUUGCUGCUCAUGGGGACACUCGGAACGUCCAUUUCAGUCAGAGACUGCUUUUUUACCGUAAGCUCUCAUAUUCAUUUCGAAUCUUGCUUCACUGUCACUUUCCAGAGAUACUGGCCUCAAUCUCUGAUAUUAGGCACCCAACUGCCCUCGAUUUGCACUCUUUUCCUAUCAUUCGAAAGGAUAUUAGCGGUUGUUCGACCGGCGGCCUACAAAAGAGCAUGCACGCAGAGCUUCAAGUAUUGUCUGACUGCGAUGGUUCCCGUGUGGGCGGUUGUGAGUCAGAAGGAUCGGGUCCGAGCGAAAUAAUAUUUUCAGUUGACACUGUCAGCAGCCGGAUUAUCGGUGAUUGGAUCGGCAGGAGAUAGAGUGGUGGGCACGAGGCAUUGUGCGAUCAUUACGAGCACGAGCAAAUGGUGAGAUACUAGCCAAAGCCUUUAUGUACGUAUUUCCCGCAGGUACGCCACGUUUCACUUCUUCUUCAUCGUGCUCGCCUACGUCGUCUCCUUCGUUUCCACUCUUGUCGUCUGGGCCACUCGCCGGGUAUGGACGGUAGACAUAACUCUUGUGCCGAAGAUCAUUGCUCAAUGCCUCCGUUUCAGAAUCUCUCAAAAAGUAAAUACGGCGGCACACAAUCGGACAAUCUGGGAAUGAUUCUGGCGAUGUCGGGCACUUCGAUAGUCCUUCUGGCCUCGCCGGCAAUCGUGAUGCUGACGAUCCGAUGGGAUAUCACCGAGUGGGGAGACAUCGAAGUGGCCGUCACUUAUGCAAUGCCAGGGUGAGAAAAUAGUGCAGCCGCAUUAGGCUACCUCGAAUCAAAACUGUCCCGGAUCAGAAACGGUCAAAAUAUGACUUUAUGUGACAAGAACCACGCGCCGAUCGGUUCUGAUUGGGGGAAGCCUCCAGCCGCAGCAAUCUUUGAUUAUCGGUGAUUUGCAGGUUCCUAUCUGUCGUCAACACAAUCAUUGCUUUUCGAUUCCGAAAAGAGCUGCGAGCACAGUUCAUGUACUUGUUCGGCAUGAGGUGAGAAUUCUUUUCUUGUUUUGAAUCUCGAAUGUUUUGUGAUUAUGAAUCAGGAUAAAUCUAAGCAGCUCGUUAACUGCGAAAGAUAAACCGGUUUGGAAAAUUGAGAUGUGAGUCGGCGCACAUAGAAAAACACUUUGUUUCGUAGGUACACAUAGCGAUCGUGAUUUUAAACAACAUUUUGAGUUUCUCGGUUCCUAGCAGAACUAGUAUAAAUUCAAUUGAAACCGCACAACAUUUGCAGAGGCGUCCACCAUGCGAACAUCGAGCAUUCCGUGUUCACGAAGACGACGAUGACUUCUCGAAGACCCACUACAGUGAAUAAUUUGCACUAG